UUUUCCUUCCUUCCUCGUAGAAGUAUACCACAUCAUCAUAUGCUAAGUCUACCCCUUGUUCCUCGUCCUCCUCUCCUCCUUCUUCUUCUUUUUGUGUUAUUCUCCUUCUUCAUAUCAUAUGAUGUCUGUCUAAGGCGACACCAUCAAAGUUAGGGUUUGAUUACAAGUUCAAUUUUGCUUGUCCAUGGGUUUCUUCCACAAUUUGUCUUUCGAAUUUCUUACCAGACCAUUAUUUGAUCGUGCCAAAUUCAUUUGCGGCAUUAGCAGAGUCAAUUGGCGAUUGAUAUUGUGGGUAAACGAUAUGUUACCGAUUAAGCAGUGUACUCCAGCAUUGUGAAAACCAAUUGGUGUUUUUUAUAGUGCAUAUUAGUUAAACUGCUAUGGGAAAUUGUUGUGUUCAGCUGUACAGUGUGGACUACAAGGUCCACAAAGACCACAUUAGUUAAAUUGUUAUACUUUGGUACUGACGUACCCGCAGUUAUGCUCUAAUGUUUGAGCAUUGAUGGCAAUUUUCUUGAGUUUAUUUUUCGCAGUCUCAUCGAUGUCCCCUCUCCAUCGCGUAGCUGCUGUUCUGUUAUAGUCGUUGCAGUCAGGAAAAGCGCUCCCGGAGACUAGCACGGGUUGUCCCUACACACAGUGGUGAUGAUGAGGCUGCAUACGAAAGUGCUGAAAGAAGCCCAUUUAGCAGUCCAAAAUUACCUUGGGGAGCUGAACAAUACCCGGAUUAUAAUCGGACAUUCGAUACUACUCCUCUUAGUGAAGGUGCUGACUCUGAUGACGAUGAUAGUAGGAGGGAACAGUACAGGUGGUUCGCCGAUUGGAAUAAAUGUGAAGAUAACAAUUAUUUCAGCGAAGGAUAUACUAGUUCAGAAAACUCAGCUAUACCUAGUGACACUGAAGAAGAAGAAGACAUCCCACGCCUACCGCGUAGAAGACUGAACUUCGCAAAUGGAUGAGGAUGUGGUUGUUGCAUGGGUUACUAGUAUCGUAUUGACUUACAUGAAAGAACGACUUCGUACUAAGCCCCCAACAAUACAGAAGAUGGUCUUAAAAAAGAAAAAGGUCAAGAUAUCCUACUGGACUGCUCUUCGUGCAAGGCAUAUGUGCCUUGAGAAGAUACAUGGGUUGGGAUCAUAUGAAAGAAGUUUCAGGUUAGUACCUGAGCUGUGCCACCAGAUUAAGGUUAUCAACCCGAGGAACAUAGCAGUUUGGUCCAAAGACAACACGACCAAUGAGUUUCAAGGACUGUGUAUCGCUUAUAAGGCGUCUUUGGAGGGAUUUAAGAAUGGAUGUAGACCUUUGAUAGCUUUGGACGGAUUUCCACUCAAGAGCAAGUAUAGGGGCGUAGGCUUGACUGCCUCUUCAGUUGAUGGGAACAAUGGCAUGUUUCCCAUUGCCAUCUAUGUUUGUUUGACUGAAACCCAAGAAACAUGGAGUCGGUUCAUUUGCAUUCUCAAACCUUUUCUGAUGGAAUUGAACAGGACAAUGACGUUUUAUUAUAUCAUUACUAUGGUGUAAGAGUGUUUUGUGUGUCUAAUGAUGUUUGAAUGUUGUCCUAUCGUUGAUUUGGUGUAGUGCAAUUCCAUUUCAAUUCGAUGCUGAUGAAUGUAUAUAUCAAUAACUGUAAAAUAUGAUAUCACAAAUUAAAUAAAAUAA